AUGGGGAAAAAGAGAAAGUCCAGGUCAUCUUCUGGUCUAUCAGUCUCGAGACCCGGAGUACGCAAGGAAACUUCGCGGUUUGAUCCCGACGAAGAAUUUACAGAUUCAACGGACGAAUUUCAUGCGGGAAGAGACCUCAUUCUACUUGAUGAGGGUCCGGAUACCAAACGGAGGCGGAAGUUAAUAGAAGAUGAGGAGUUUCUUCAACCCUCUGAUGAAGAGGUUUAUACCUGCCCGUCAGUGUCUGAUGAUGAAUAUAACUGUAGCGAUAGCGCAGACGAGGAAGACGACGGCAACGAUACGGCGCAGAAAAAGUCUCCACGUUCAAGACACCGAAAGGCUGUAAGCCCAGCACUGCUGGAGGAUGCCAAAGCCUAUCCGGAAGAAGAAGAAGAAGAAAUUGGCGGUUGGGGCUUAUCCAGAAAAGAUUAUUAUGAUGCGGAUAGAAUUGAAACCGAAGGAGAUGCAUUGGAGGAGGAGGCGGAAGCCAAAAAAAUUCAGCAAAAGAGAUUGCAGUCCAUGAACGAAGCAGAUUUUGGCUUUGAUGCAGAUGAGUGGGCCACGCCUAUACAAGCAGCGUCGACACGUAAAAUACAGGAUGGGAAUGUUGUUACGGAGUCGUUACCAGAAUUGGAAAUCUCCGCUGACAUGACUGCUGAUAGUCGCUUAAAAAUACUGAAGCAGAGACAUCCUGAGUUUGAGCCACUCUCGAAAGACUUUAUUCACCUGCAAGUGCUUUACCGAGAGCUUUCUGAAGUGAUAAAGCAGACUCAUAUGAGUAUUGAUGAUAGCUGCUCUAUUUCUUUAUUAAAGUGGCGCUCUCUCUCGGCCUAUCUAGGUGCUAUUAGCAUGUAUUUUGUGCUUCUAACAUCGCCUGGGGAAGAUUCUAAAAAACUCUCGCUUGCAUUGUCACCAGCUCAACUCAGGGACCAUCCUAUUAUGGACAUCCUGAUUAGCUGCCGAAAGCAGUGGGAAUACGUCCAGAGCAUAUUAGAGCCAAAGCAAGAUUCCGUCAACAGCCAGACCUCGAAACAGGAUACGGAUGAGCCAACUCUCAAUUCCAAUAACUUAAAACGUCUCACGGAAAAAUUGGCAACGAAAACGGGGGAGAAAAAGGUAGAGACGGCUUCGGAACAAGCCAAAAAGGCAUCGCAGUUACGACGUGCGGAACGAAUACGCCAGACUGAAGCUGGCUUGGAAGAACUUUCCCAGAUACUAGAAUCUCGUGUAUCACGAAAUCUCACGCCUAAAGGGGAUAGAUCAUAUGCCGGUAACGAUUCUGAGUUCGGUGAUGAGACCACACUUACACCCCACGAAGCAGCAGAAAAGGCAAAGAAGAAAAGAUCACUGCGUUUCUAUACCUCUCAAAUCGCGCAAAAGGCGAAUAAACGUGGUGCCGCAGGCCGAGAUGCUGGUGGCGACACUGAUUUGCCCUACCGAGAGCGACUGAAGGAUAGACAAGCGCGCCUCAACAUGGAUGCCGAGAAAAGAGGUCGCCAGCAAGCAAAUGAGCUAGAACGUCUUGGCGGGGAAAGUGAUGAGGAUGACUACAGGGCUGCAAAAGAAAUCCGGGGUGGUGGUGCUUCCGAUAGUGACGAUUAUUACGAUUUUGUUGCUUCCAGGGGUAAGGAGAAGAAGGAGGAUAAAAGAAUUCGUGCAGAGGCAUAUGCCAAGGCUACCCGUGAGGGUGGUCACGUUGAAGUGCAGGAAGAGAUUGGUGCUGAUGGUAAGAGAGCCAUUACAUAUGCUAUUGAAAAGAAUAAAGGUUUGGCACCCAAGCGAAAUAAGGAUGUGCGCAACCCUCGUGUGAAGAAGAGGAAGAAAUUUGAAGAAAAGAAAAAGAAGUUGGGAAGUAUAAGAGCGGUAUACAAAGGCGGAGAGGGCCGCGGUGGCUAUGGAGGAGAGUUGACAGGUAUCAAAAAGAACCUUAUCAAGAGUGUCAAACUGUAA